AUGGCGGCACGACCGGUGGCCUCACGGGAGUCACCCCGUGCAUUGCGAGACGCAUUACUGGCGGCCAACGGAGGCAGGACAAAUUCCACAACCCCGUCCGAGACCACGAGCGAGGAGGACUACGACGAGCCCAAGCUCACAAGACGUCGCCAUGACAGACCGGCAGCCAAGAACACAUCGUCGCCUCUAAAGAACUCAUCAAACCAUGAGAGGAAGUUGUCUCUGGACGGCUCGACCUUGUCUGAAGCCUCGAGCAUAGACGAGUCCACUGGAGGAGCUGACAGAAAAGACCUGAAGACGUAUGUGUUGUCCGCUGAUGAUCGAGAGCUUCGCGAUGUCAUCAGACGGGGUCUCGAACGGGAAAAGGACCCGAAACGACCACGUCGGCCGGGGAAGUUCAGCGACCUAGUGUUUACUCGCCAAUUCUCUGCCUUUGACCGGCAGAACCAGCAGACGGCAAAUAGCCCUUUCCAUGGGUUCUUCACGCUAUUUUGGCUAGCCGUGGCGCUGUUCGUCGUCAAGAUCGGGGCGGCCAACUGGAGGGCCACCGGCAACCCGUUGGGGACGAACGAGAUUAUGAAGACCAUGUUCCGGCGGGAUGUAAUCGUUCUGUUGGCUUCCGACGGUGUCAUGUGUGGCAUCACCGGCGUAGGCUGGAUUCUGCAACGACUCAUCUUCAGCGGUUAUCUUGACUGGAAUCGGUCUGGCUGGAUCAUACAGAAUGUUUGGCAAUCGAUCUUCAUCGGCAGCGUCGUCGGUCUCACCCUCAUCCGAGAUUGGCCCUGGACACAUACCGUCUUCUUCGUCCUCCACGGCAUCGUCAUGCUCAUGAAGCAGCACUCGUACGCCUUCUACAAUGGUCACCUCUCCACGGUAUACAAGAAGCGAAAGUACCUCCUUUCGAAGUUGAAAAAGCUGGAACAUGUUGCCCCCAUCAACUCGCCUUCCACGACCAGUCCGUCGGCAUCCACCAUAUCCGUUUCCCACCUGGACAAUCCCCCGUCUGCAGCCGAGAUGAAAGGCCGCCGACACUCCGUCACCCACACUCGUGGCUCUGAGACGACGGACGUCGACCGCAUCUCCCACGCUAUCGAAUCCGGCGAGCCCCUCGACGCCGACCAGGUCCGCGUGUUCGAGCGCAUCAUCAAGUGGGAGAUUGACGGGCUCACCGACGAGCUGAGGGGCAAGGCGACGAGCGUCGCGCGGGCGUACCCGAACAACCUGACCCUCGCCAACCAUUACGAGUACAUUGUGUUGCCGACCGUCGUGUACGAGCUCGAGUACCCCCGUUCUGACUCCAUCGACUGGUACUAUGUCGCCGAGAAAACGGCCGCUACCUUUGGCAUUAUUCUCGUCAUGAUCAUGGUGUCUCAGGCUUUCAUCUAUCCCGUCGUGAUGCAGACUGUAGCCAUGAAGGAGACGGGCAUGCCCCUCGCUGAGAGAUUCCGCUACUUCCCCUGGAUGUUAAGCGACCUCAUCUUCCCCUUUAUGAUGGAAUAUAUGAUGGCCUGGUAUCUAAUCUGGGAAACGAUUCUCAACACUCUGGCGGAGCUCACCUACUUCGCCGAUAGGAGCUUCUACGACGCGUGGUGGAACAGCGGUAGCCCGGUGCACAACUUUCUCCUCCGCCACGUCUACCACAGCUCCAUCUCAUCCAUGAAGGUGAACCGCCACACUGCGACGCUCAUCACCUUCUUCCUCUCAGCCUGCGUGCACGAAUUGGUCAUGUGGUGCCUGUUCAAGAAGCUGAGGGGCUACCUCCUUUUUCUGCAAAUGUGCCAGCUACCGCUUGUGCAGCUCAGCAGGACGAGUUGGAUGAGAGGUCGCAAGACACUGGGCAACAUCAUGUUCUGGUUCGGCAUCUUUACCGGUCCCAGUCUGCUCUGCAGCCUGUACCUGAUCUUGUAA